UUGUGAACAGUUUCGUUUUCUCUCCAACAGGUCCCUUCGUCUUUCGUUUGCCACCAUCUCCAUUGUUGCGUUCCUUUCGUUUUAUCUCAAGCAGGGGAAGGCGAUCAUUGAGAAGUUGGAAUGGCUUCCGGAAUCCCAAAGUGGAGGGUUCGUACUUCUUUGGAUUCAUCUUAUAUUUUUGGAAUGAAUCGUUUGUUGAGAAAAGAUCAUGUUCAACGAAUUGCUAUGACACCUUUUAGGUGGUGUGUGUACCUACUUGAGGAUGUGGACAUAAACUGUGAGUUAAUUAAGGUGAUGGUAUGUAGGUGGGCCGGGCAUGACGUUAGCUUUAGGCUGAGUCAUCAAUUGGUUCCAUUUACNGUUUUAGAUGUUUUCAUGACGACGAGUUUAGGUAUAGGUGGUUUAGAAGUACCGUUUGAUGAAUGUAUAGAAGGUUUGGUUGGAGAAAUGUUUAACAGAAAAAGCACGUCUUUGAAAGACUUGGUUGACGUGUUUAAUGUGAUUCUUUUAGACAAAAACACAGACAUUGAUGUUGUUUGUAGGUUGUAUAUAUUUGUUUGUUUGGUUGUGUUUUUCUUUCCUAGAAAGUCUAAGAUAGUUGCUAACAUGCCAUCAAGAGUGUUAGAUGACCUAGAUAGCCUCUGUUUAUAUGAUUGGGCUACCGGUGUACAUAAACACCUAGUUGAUAGUUUGAAUAAAGGCAUGAAAAAAAUAAUGGUUAGACGAAUCCGCAGUUCACUGAGUCUAAGUGGCAAUGUUGCGGUAUUGCAGGCGGUGGAGAGAUUUUCCCUUGAUGGAAAUCGAAUCAAUAGGGAUUUCCCUCGCAUGCUGAGUUGGUUCUGGUAUAAGGCACAGUCAUAUGAAAUUAUUGACGAUAUAUUUCGGACUGCUGAAUUUACGUCUGAGUGGUACUUUGGGGAGCGUGUCCGUGACCUGCCCGAAAUCAAAGCUGCAUUUGAGUUGUUUGAUGGAGGGAUAGGUGUACCGCAGUUGCCAAAACGAUGUAGAGUUGAUGAAGCUGUAGAUGAUAGCUCAGAUGAUGGCACCUUUGAAGCAAACCUUGAGGAGACAUUGAAGAAGAAUAAUGAAGAAAUGAUGGCGUUGUCUUCAAGGCUAGUUUUUUUGAAGAAUGAGCUAUUUAAAAUUCGUGAAAUUCCAAUUGUGAAUGAAGAAGGUGUUGGAGGAGUUGAUGAAGAACCUUUAGGUGGAGGUGAUGAAGAACCUUUAGGUGGAGGUAAUGAAGAANCUUUAGGUGGAGGUUAUGAAGAACCUUUACAUGGAGUUAAUGAAGAACCGUUCAAUGAAGAAGCCUUCAAUGAAGAACCUAUGGCUGAAGUUGAACAACAAGUUGUAAACGUUGUUCAUAUUGUUGAGUAUGAAGAAUCGGAGCCACUGCAAGCAAUGGCAAUCGUACCUCUUCGUGCAGUUCGUGGUGAUCCAAAGCCUAACGUCAAUGCUGACCAACUCUACAUCGUCGUGGGCGUAAGGGAUAGACCGCAUAGGAUCGUGUGUGAAAUAAUUGGGCAGACACUGAGCACAACAUCUAUUCAUACCUUAGCUCCUUACAAAUACAUUGAUAACAUGUUGGUGCUAUUUGCAACCACCAUAUUUAUGCACUUUGAGAAAAGGAGGACGGGGGUUGUGAAGAGGAUCCUUUUUAGUUCCUUAUAUGCGGACCUUAUAAUCAGUGAUUACAAUAGAAUGCCAAAAAACCGUCGUGUGUUUACUGAUCAUAAUUACAGGAGUUGUUUGCGUGCGGGGCACUUUAGCCUUGCAGAGAUUCCAACAGCUGACUUUUUGUUUCUUCCUUUUUGCCAUCAUGAUCAUUGGUGGUGCUAUGUUGUAAAAAUUAGCACAUUGCAAAUAUAUGUUAUUGAUUCUUUGGGGAAGGGCAUAAGAAACUGCAAAAAGAUUGACAUUGUUGUGGCCGAAAACCUUGCCCGAUUUUUUUGCAUGUUGUAAAACAGACCGAAAGGGAGUAUUGGACCUUUGUCUGUUGUACAACCGAAUAUCCCAUCCCAGCCAAAUCUACAUGACUGUGGAGUUAUAAUGUUACAAGCUAUGGAACUUUGGGAUGGAGAGGAAAAAUUCAAUGGGAAAAGCAUGCCACAAUACUCAAACGAGGCAUUGCUUGCAAUCAGAAAGCGAUAUGUAACUGAAUGGAUCCUGGACGAGGAGAACAUAAGAUUAAUGGAUGCGCUAGAUGUCUAUGAAUUGUUGUAGGCUAGUUGUUAAGUGUAGAAAUGUAGUUUAUUUUAGUUUCACAAUACAAUGUACUUUAUAUAAGCAGACAAUUUAAUUUUCUUGUUAUGUACUUUGUAUAUGCAGACAGUUUACAUNUUGUUAUUCGAAUAGGAUUGUUUUAGACAUUUGAAGACUCUGUACAAAUUUUUAUUUGAAUAAGA